AUGGCGGCUGCGGCAGCAGCAGUGGGCGCGGGCAGGGCGGGCGCUGGGGGCCAGGGUGCGGCGGGCAGUGGCGGAGGGGGGCGCGAGGGCGCGCGGGUGGCAGCGCUGUGCCUGCUGUGGUACGCCUUGAGCGCGGGCGGCAACGUGGUCAACAAGGUGAUUCUUAGCGCCUUCCUUCCGGUCACCCUGUCGCUGUGCCACAUCCUGGCGCUGUGUGCGGGACUCCCGCCGCUCCUGCGCGCCUGGCGUGUGCCCCCCGCGCCGCCUGUCUGGGUCCCGGGGCCCGGCCCGCAUCCAUCGGCUGGCCCGCUGCUGCUGCCACGCUUCUACCCUCGCUACGUGCUGCCACUCGCCUUUGGCAAGUAUUUCGCGUCCGUGUCAGCGCACGUCAGCAUCUGGAAAGUGCCGGUGUCCUACGCGCACACUGUCAAGGCCACCAUGCCCAUCUGGGUGGUCCUCCUGUCCCGGAUCAUCAUGAAGGAGAAGCAGAGCACCAAGGUGUACUUGUCACUCAUCCCCAUCAUCAGCGGCGUCCUGCUGGCCACCGUCACCGAAUUGUCAUUUGACAUGUGGGGACUUGUCAGUGCCCUUGCUGCCACACUGUGCUUCUCGCUUCAGAACAUAUUCUCCAAAAAGGUAUUGAGAGAUUCACGGAUCCACCAUCUCYGCCUGCUGAACAUCCUGGGCUGCCACGCUGUCUUCUUUAUGAUCCCCACAUGGGUGCUGGUGGACCUCUCARCUUUCCUGGUCAGCAGUGACUUGACCUAUGUCUCCCAGUGGCCCUGGACACWCCUGCUCCUGGCUGUGAGUGGCUUCUGUAAC